CCAUCGACCAGACCCUCGACCAGACCCAGGACACACUCAUUUGCUUUGCUGAAAUCGCUGCUUGUUCUCACAUUCUUUCAAAGACGCAUCCCACCGAAUCUACAGGCCAUCCUUUUCACAGCACAGCAACCAUGACGAAGAUGCUCUUUUUCGCUGCUCUCCUCUCGGCGAGCCUGACGGCAUUCGUCACCUACUCGCUGCCCAUCGACACAGACUCUUCCGCCUUUCUCGAACCGCGCCAGUACCUCAACCAGUCGGGCUGGAACAACCCCUGCGAGCUCUUUUACGAGGGCGUCUCGUGCACCGAGUCGACGACGCACUGCCUCGGUGCCUCGCAGGAUGUGAAGAUUGAUGCACACGGUGCAGAUUGCUAUUACGAUGGCAAGAACUACCUCUUCAACAACGGAGACAAGGUCUCCGUCUUUGAGACGGCGCCCAAGAACGGCUCGACGACGGAGAUUGUGUUUGGAGCAAAGAAGACUACAAUCACGAGAAGCACUGGCGGAAAGAAAGUCAAGCCAUACUGCCAGGCCGCUCCAGCCUCUAAGAACGUCAAGGAGGUCAACGCGAAGACGACGGAGCUGGAUGGCGCCGGCGACGACGUCGUUUGCGCCUAAGAUGCUGGAACGCCAACUUUGACCUCAUCCUCCU